AUGUUGACGAGCACCUGCGAAGGUGUUCGGGCAGCUGUGCGGCUCAGGGGAGGCCUGGAGCCGGGCUCAGAGGGCCGGAGCACCGGACACCAUGGCGCUGUGGUCGGUGUUCAGGAGUGGCCCGACGGAUCAAGAUACGAGGGAGAGCUUGUAAACGGCCUAAAACACGGCAAAGGGAGGUACAGAUGGAAAAAUGGAGAGUAUUAUGAAGGCUAUUUCUACAAAGACUACAAGCAUGGGGACGGGUUGUACUGCUGGCCCACAGGUCACAAGUUCAUUGGCAAGUUCUACCUCAACAGAAAGGAGGGAUAUGGCCAACAAAUGUUCCCUGAUGGAGCCACCUUUCAGGGUUUGUACCACACUAACCAGAGGUUUGGUCCAGGUGUGGUUACUUAUCCAGAUGGGCGACAGGAUGUGGGUCUGUGGCUCAAGGAGCGCUUGCUAAGGCUCUGUACGCCUGUAGAAGUAGGCUUUAGUGUGAACAACUUUCCUGAGUACGAUGCCUACAUAGAGCCAUCUGUCAGUACAGAUUUCCUGGAUCAGCCUCAGUCUCUCUCGAGUGGUCUACAUACAAAAAACAAGACAAGCAUUAAGAUGCCUAUAGAUGGCGAUCUGCUGUCAGAUGAGAGCUUUAUCAUUCCCCCCGGCAUGGAGAGUUACUCCACAGAUGGCGACCACUUGCCGCUCCCUCCUGGUCGAAGAAGAGAAUUGGACCAACAUUUUUAUGGCGAGCUGUGGGAUCCAGACUCUCAUUCACACCAAGGUUAUGAGAGGGACCCACUCUCAGCUCUUCCCUUGCAGGCCAGAAUGCAGGCUCAUAUACAUAACAAUAGACUGCAGGCUGAAACUGUGGAUUGGGAUGUGGCAGCUGUUCUCUCUCUGAACAGGGAACGCUUUGGUCCUAAAGGGCCUUUGGAAGUCAGUUCAGAGCUGAUGAUCCAGCACAGCUCACUCGGGGAGCUUCAGGCUGUGGCACAAAUCCUCCAGACUGGUUUAGUCCACCCUGAUGUGGCAGAUUCACGAGGAAACACUGCAAUUAUCGCUGCCACCGUGAACUGCCAUGAUGAUGUGAUCCAUAUGUUGUUGGAUAGAGGUGCUGACAUUGACAAGUUGAGCAGUGAAGGCAUGUCUGCCCUGGCUAUAUGCCAUGUUCUCUACUACCCUUUUCAGUCUCUUCACACAACUUUGUUUGAACCGCCUUCCAAAAGUCGAGCUUUGACGCCUCCAUCUUCAUGUGAGGACAGUCCACAGAUCAGCAAAGUUGAUUUAAUCUCCAUCACACCUUUACCUGACACUGAACUUCAAACCUCAGUCACAUCUGUGAAAGCCCAAUCAAACGUCAGCAUCCAGUCAGAGUCUUCUAAAGAACUAACCGAGCACAUCAUAAAUCACGACAGUAAAGCGUUUGAGAUCCCCUCUGAAAUAGAUGAUUCAAACAUAGUACAAGGAGAGGAUGAGAGGGAGAGCAAAUGCAAUGAAAGAAAAGAGGGCAGCAGAUAUGCUCAAGCAGUGCAAAGGGAAGAACGUGGAGACAAAGACAUGAAAAGCGAAAAGGCGGAAAGUAAUGGGGAGGAUGCUGAGUCUGUUGAAAAAAACAGAAUAGAGUCAACAAAAGACCAAAUGGUGGGUGAGGAGCAAUUUGAGGAAAAUAUGAAGAGCACAAACAAGAGAGAGGAUAGAAGUGGAACUUUGGAAAUUCCUUGUUUGGAGCACUCCAUUGAAACACUGGAUGGCCACGGUGCACAGUUGAAGGAAAUUGGAGUAAAGGCAACAGGAAGAGAAGAGGAAUCACACAACCUGGUAAUCCACAGAACUUCUCCUGAUUUAAUUAACCCUGUGUGGCAGGGAGAAGAAAAAGGAGCGAACCCAAAACAGAACUUUGAUUCUACCUGCUCAGCCAGCAGUUAUAAGAUUCAGGUCUCAGAGGAAGCCAUGCAGCACUCAUCAGAAGCACCGAGUGGCACAGAAACCGCUCAUCAGGAGAGCAAAGUGAUUGCUGUGAAAACUGAUGUGCGUUUGAAAACACUGAAACUUUUACUCGAUCGGGGAGCUGACCCCAACAUGGCCAGGAUCCCCAUGCCUGUCCUCUUUUUUGCCAUCAUGGCUGCUGACGCUCCAGCUGUCCAGAGGCUUCUUCUGUCUGGAGCUCGCACUGACAUCCCCCUUCCAGCAAAGAAAAGAGGCUUGUACCCUCUGCAUGUGGCUGCAGAUCUUCCAGGUCCAGCAGGUCCAAGAAUCACAGAGCUGCUAUUGCACUGUGCCACUGAUCCAGACGUACGGGCAUGUGAUCAGGAUGAGAUUUAUGAGCCAGAUAAGAUUUCCAUCACGGGAAAAGAAACUCUAAGCAACAGUAAGAGGAUAAAUCUUAAAGAGGGAGGUCAGACAGCUCUGCAUGUGGCCUGCCGGAGAGACCAUGACCAUCAGAAUGCCAGUAAAGUGGUGGCCCUCUUGCUCUCCCACAGAGCCAGCACAGACCUCCUCUGGAGUGGACAUUCACCUCUGUCCCUGGCUAUAGCAAGUGGCAAUGAACUUGUACAGCCACCUCCCGCGGUGGAAGAGCUGUUGAAUGGAGGCGCUGAUCCCAACAUCCAGCUGGGCGCCAGGGUGCACAACGCCCUCUGCGCCCUGGUCAACAUCAACUAUUGCUCCGGUGCAGACAGAAUUAGAAUGUUGGACAUGCUAGAUAAGGCUGGUGCAGAUGUCUCAAUGCCAGUUACAGUGGGCAGCGUUGCUGGAAGUGUGGUUGACUAUGCACACUACUCUUUCAGUCAGGACUUUUGCAUGGCCAACGCUCAUGCUUCGAUCAAGAGAGAGAAAGAAACACGGCGGCAGUUGCUGAGCAUGAUGGGAGACCUGCUGAGACGGACCCAUGGCCAGAAGGCGAAAGAGAAUUUAGAGAGACAGCAGCAUCUGACAAGGAAAAGUGCUGGGGCCAAUUCUGCAAAUGGGCCUUUCCCUAGCUGUGAUGGAUUGUCAGAACAAACAGAAAAUAACAUGACAGAGGAGUUUCAAUUCUGCUACCACUGUGGUCGCUCGGUGUUUGUGAAGCUGACCCCUUGUAGCCGUUGCCACAAGGUUUCAUACUGCUCCAAGGCCUGCAAACGCAAAGCAUGGGAAGAGAGACACAAGGAAGAGUGUUUUCGAGUUUUAAGUGGAAAACAGAACUUUUCUCUACCACAGCCACUACCCAACAAGCCAAAACAGCACCAGCCCCCAAAGCUUAACCCUGAAGCACCUGCUGAUGACAUCCCGAAGAAAGUUGCGUACAUUUCCAAACAAACCCACAGGCCCUUGACUAUCAUGAAACCAAAAACCUUGCCUCCGCUAUUAAGUGCUGCAUUCAAAUCUCAAAGGGGACCCAGGCCUUUGGGCAAAACAGAUAAGUUCUUGGAAAUCCAAGUCAACCUAAAGGAAAACUACAGCUACAACUGACGACUCGAAAAAUCAUCAUGCUUUAAAUAGGCUGGUUUUAUCUAUUUACCACAAUAUUGCACUUCCGUUUCCCUCUUGUGUUCCCCUGUGUAUGAGUUGUGGACUGGUAAUAAAUGUCUGUAUUCUCUUGUGUUCACUGCAUUUAGUAGAGCAGACACAAAUAUAGUAUUCCACAUAUCUAAGCUGAAUAUCUUUAUGUGA